GUCCUUCACGCGCCAGUUCCAGGCGGAAGGCUGCGGCUGCGCGCGUUCCAGGGUUGUUUCCGUUGGUGACGUCCGGCGCGUCCGCCAAAGCAGAGGCGCAGCGAGGAGCUAUGUCGGCGCCAGCCGGGAUCCCCCCGCGCUCUGCCGCAGUCCCUGGAGGGGCCAGAGCGCCCGCCGCCGCGGCCAGGCCGCCGCCCUGUCAGAACGGUCCAGUGCAAAAUCAGAUGCAGUUCCCUUUUGGAUAUGGCUUACAUCUUGAAAACUAUAGUGCUUCCUCCGGACACUACCCACCAGUUCCCCAUGAAGCUGUCCCUUCGCAGUUGAAUAACCAGUAUGUUGCUGAUUACCACUCUGCUUGCUAUUCAAUCCCAGUGCAAAGUGUCAUGACAACUUCCGUGGGUCCCAGCAUGUUGAACACACAGCAGUUGUACAGUGGGGCUCCUCAUCCUGUGGAGUCAGCUGGAGGACUUACCCAAGGAGCAAUAUCAUCUGCAUCUCAUUUACAUACAAGUGUUCCACAGUCAUAUUCUGCAGUGAGUAGUCACUACAGUUCUUCAACCAGCUCUUCAGUUGCGUCUCAGGGAUUUCCCCUUUCUUCUGGUCGUUAUGCCAUGCCUACCGUCUCUAGUGCUGUAUAUCCUAACCUUUCCUAUCCUUCCAUGUCUGUUGGUAGUCCAUAUGGGCAGGUAUUUACUUCCCAGAGCCUUCCAGCUGUUGGACAGUUUGAAGAGACUAAUACAUUUCCUGAUCAAAGUUCAACUGUACCUCGUACACUGCAACAGCAAGUUCCUUUGGGAUAUAAUUCUACAUCAUGGUCCACUUCAGAUUUUCAGUCAGCUCAAGACAACUUCAGCAGGAAUAACACUGGAUCCCUGGCUAAAGCAAGCAACCAAAUAAAUACAGUUGGUAUUGUAGAUUCAUCGCAUCCUGUAAGCCAGAAUGUUCAGUUUACCAAGCCUGGUGUGGAAACAUCUGUUGUUUCUUCUGCUGUGACCUCUUCAAUAAGAACACCUGUUGGAGACCACUUAACUGAACCUGCUUCUGUGCCUUCCAAUACACAGCCAUCGGAAUCACUGCUUCAAGAAGGCAUGCAGUAUGGUGGAUAUGUUAAUAAUCAAGCUAGCUCUGCACCAGCUCCCUUGUCAUCAAGUUCAGAUGAUGAGGAAGAGGAUGAGGAGGAUGAGGAAGCAGCUAUUGACAGCUCCUCCACUACUAGCAGUGCCUCUCCUGUUAUCAACAAUUAUGAUGCCCUUGAAGGAGGUGGCUAUCCAGAAACAAAUUCUGCGGCAAGUAGUCCAGCUCCUACUCCUCAGACAUCAAGGACUCCUAAGCCCUUUGGUUACGGAUACCCAACUCUUCAACCUGGAUACCAGAAUGCAACACCAUCUACUUCUGCUAUGCAGCCCAGUAAUCCAGGGCACCAUUCUGGGUUUCAGCAAUAUCCUCAACAGUAUCCUGGUGUGAAUCAAUUAUCAUCCACCUUAGGAGGAUUAAGUCUACAGCACUCUCAGCAGCCAGAAAGCUUGAGACCAGUAAACCUUACACAAGAUAGGAAUAUUCUUCCUGUUUCUCCAGUUCUAGCUCCUGUGCCUAAUUUGAAUUCAGACCUUAGAAAAUUAAAUUGCAGUCCAGAUUCAUUUCGAUGUACACUGACAAAUAUUCCACAGACUCAGGCUUUGCUAAACAAAGCUAAACUUCCCUUGGGAUUGCUGCUGCAUCCGUUCAGAGACCUAACGCAAUUACCUGUAAUAACAUCAAGCACCAUUGUGAGGUGCAGAUCCUGCAGGACAUAUAUCAACCCUUUUGUUUCCUUCAUUGACCAAAGGAGGUGGAAAUGCAACUUAUGCUAUCGAGUUAAUGAUGUUCCUGAAGAAUUUAUGUAUAACCCAUUGACACGAUCCUAUGGGGAGCCUCAUAAACGGCCAGAGGUCCAAAAUUCUACAGUGGAGUUCAUUGCUUCUUCAGACUACAUGCUUCGUCCUCCUCAGCCUGCAGUGUACUUGUUUGUUUUAGAUGUGUCUCAUAAUGCAGUGGAAGCUGGAUACUUAACAAUUGUAUGUCAGUCAUUGCUGGAAAACCUAGACAAGCUGCCUGGAGAUUCGAGAACAAGAAUAGGAUUCAUAACAUUUGACAGCACUGUUCAGUUCUACAACUUGCAGGAAGGUUUAUCACAGCCUCAAAUGCUGAUUGUCUCAGAUAUUGAUGAUGUUUUCUUACCUACACCUGACAGCUUACUUGUAAAUCUUCAUGAAAGCAAAGAGCUGAUAAAAGAUUUAUUGAAUGCACUACCAACUAUGUUCAUCAAUACAAGAGAAACACACAGCGCAUUGGGUCCUGCACUUCAGGCUGCCUUUAAAUUGAUGUCUCCAACAGGUGGCCGCAUAUCUGUGUUUCAGUCACAGUUACCAUCCUUGGGUGCAGGGCUCUUGCAUUCCAGAGAAGAUCCCAAUCAAAGAUCAAGCACAAAGGUUGUACAGCAUCUUGGCCCAGCGACAGAUUUUUACAAAAAGUUGGCACUGGACUGUUCAGGACAGCAAACGGCUGUGGAUUUGUUCCUCUUAAGUUCUCAGUAUUCUGACCUGGCUUCUCUAGCUUGUAUGUCCAAGUAUUCUGCUGGAUGCAUCUAUUAUUAUCCAUCUUUCCAUCAUAGCCACAAUCCUGCUCAAGCAGAAAAACUGCAAAAAGACCUUAAACGAUACCUUACAAGGAAGAUUGGAUUUGAGGCAGUCAUGAGAAUAAGAUGUACAAAAGGUCUUUCAAUACAUACUUUCCAUGGAAAUUUUUUUGUGCGAUCUACUGACUUGCUGUCACUUGCCAAUGUCAAUCCUGAUGCUGGAUUUGCAGUACAGAUGUCCAUCGAGGAAAGUCUAACAGAUACAUCUCUGGUGUGUUUUCAGACUGCUCUUUUGUAUACUUCCAGCAAAGGUGAACGGAGAAUUCGAGUGCAUACACUUUGCUUGCCCGUAGUCACUUCACUGGCUGAUGUUUAUGCAGGAGCAGAUGUACAAGCAGCUGUCUGCCUCUUAGCAAACAUGGCUGUGGAUCGGUCAGUUUCAUCAAGUCUUUCAGAUGCAAGAGAUGCCUUAGUGAAUGCUGUGGUAGAUUCACUGUCAGCAUAUAUCUCAACUGCCUCAAACCUGCAGCAAUCCUCACUGAUAGCACCAAAUUCCCUCAGACUGUUUCCUUUAUAUGUUUUGGCUCUUCUCAAACAGAAAGCAUUUAGAACUGGCACUAGCACACGCUUGGAUGAUCGUAUAUAUGCCAUGUGCCAGAUAAAGAGUCAGCCUCUUGUUCAUCUGAUGAAAAUGAUACAUCCCAGCUUGUACAGGAUAGACAGAUUGACCAAUGAGGGUGCAAUACAUGUUAACGACAGGGUUGUUCCUCAACCUCCUCUUCAGAAGUUGUCUGCAGAGAAACUGACAAGAGAGGGAGCUUUUCUUAUGGAUUGUGGAUCAAUAUUUUACAUUUGGAUUGGGAAAAGUUGUGAUAAUAGCUUCAUAAAAGAUGUGCUCGGAUACCCUAACUAUGCAUCUGUACCACAGAAACUGACACAACUUCCAGAGUUAGAUACACUUUCUUCAGAGAGAGCCCGAUCUUUUAUAUCCUGGCUUAGAGACAGUAGACCUUUAAAUCCAGUUCUUCAACUAAUAAAAGAUGAGAGUCCUGCCAAAACAGAUUUUUUCCAGCACUUAGUUGAAGACCGGACAGAGGCAGCAUUCUCUUAUUACGAAUUCUUACUUCAUAUUCAACAGCAGAUUUGUAAGUGAAAGUGGAAGAAAGAAGAAGAAAAUUCCCAACUUUGGAUACAAAUGUUAGCUGUGAGAGGAGCACAUGGCAACAGGCAUUUGCUCUUCACAGUAAACAGUGUAAAGCACCGUAUCAGAAGCUUUGCAGCUAAAGGAAAAAUAUACACGUCCGGAGGAAUUUUACGGAUUUGCUUCAGCCUGAAAAUGAUAGGAGUAAUGAUGCUCUUUCACUAGUACAUUUUUAACUGGUUUAUACACGUUUCCGGUAGUGCAGCAGUAUGGUGCUCUGUUUAUUGCAAGCUGUUGAAUUUAUGUAGCUAUGUGGGAUGAUAUUUCUUAAUGAUAUGUAAAAUUAGAUAAAACCUUUUUUCUUACAUUUAUUAUGAUAACCUUUCUGGAGUCAGACUCUUGCAGAGGUGCCAAGGGCAGUACUAUAUGGUGUUUGUUUAUAUUACUUUUUAAAAGGAAUGAUUCAUAUUCACUAAAAGACUUCAACAUUUUCCGUGUGAGGACUAUAGAGUUUCAAUACAGUACAUGAAUUGUAGAAAUAAAAUAUAUAAUGUACAUAAGUGUUACAUUUGUAAAGAAAAUGUAAAAAUGUAACUACACAAUGAAUUGCCCAGUGUGCAACAAUGUUGCAUAUUCAAUAAUAAAUCAUUUUGCCCAGUUAAAAUGAGGUUGACUGAUAGAUAAUACAUAUUAAGAAAUCUGAAUCACAUAGGAAAUACCCAACUUUGUAAUCCUGUUAAUUCUUUUACAUGGAUUUAUUUAUGAUCAGCUUACUAAUUAAAAAUAUUUUGCUUGAUCAUGUGUUUUUAUAUUUAUGCAACUGAUAAUCAUUUAGAAACUGAACUCUAAUGCUGAAUCUAAAAUUCACUUUUGAAGAGAAUGUUUACCACUUUAUUUCACAGAUUUCUAGAAGGGGAGGAGAGAAUAUUUCAUAGUUUGAAAUGAGCAAAUGUAUCAAUAAGGGUUAGUUUGGGGUCCUUUCACAUAUUUGGCUUGUGAAAAAGUAUAACAUCCUAAUAUUUUGUAAUCUGCAGCAAUCCUGGCCCAGGUUUCUGCAACUCAGUUUUGUGGUACUCAAAAUAAGCAUGAUUAAUCAUUGAAUGGGAUCCUGUGACAGGGUUUCUGCAUGAUGAAAAAUAAGGGACAUAAAAAUGUUUUAUUAAAAGAGAGGAAGGGAAAGUAAUAUUUUAUUUGAAAAGUUGGUAAAUGUCAAAAAAGCUUAUUUCAAAAUGUUAUCACCUUGCUAUUGACUUCUUUAUAACCUCAUUUCUGCUAAUAAAUGUAAUUAAAUGGCUGGGUUUGUAAACACAGAUUAAGCUCCGAAGUUAAAAUCUGGUAUUGGUGGUCAGGUGAAGGGGGAGGAACUGUGUUUGGCCAUCCGCUGCAAUUGCUGAUUUAGACUUGGUCAGUCAUAUGACCCAGUCUGAACUUUUAUCACUUGUUUGCUUUAAUUAAAUUUGUGUGUGUUCAGGUAAUUGAACGAAGGAGUGCUAAAUAAUUAAAUGGUGGAAAUGUUAGCACACUUUCUUUUAAAACAGUCCAGAAAAACAUUUUUUAAAAGCAUUCAAGAAGUUGAAUAUUAACGACCCAACCCCCCGGAAAGAUGGACUCAAAUUGAAUCUGUACCUACUGUACAGUAUUCAAUAGAAACAUGUAAUAGCUAGAUAUUGCAACUGUUUAUGAUUAAUUAAAUCCUGAAAGUGUGUAAUCCUGAGAAUUUGCACCACAUCAGUUUUGGAGAUACCUUAUUUAAAUUUGUGUAUCUUUUCCCUAAUUAAAGAUACUCAAGUACACCAAGGAUAGCACAUAAAUAAAUCUGUUAUUCAUCUUUAUGGUCAGUUACUAAGGGGCUUGUACACACUACCACUUAUGUUGGUAUAACUUUUGUCACUCAAGAGAGUGAACAAGCCCCCCCACCCAUGACUGACGUACGGUACAGCAAGCUAAGCGCUGGUAAGGACAGCACCGUGUAACUCUCCCACCGACAUAGCUACACCUCUCGAGGAGGUGGUUUUAUUAUCCCAAAGGGAGAGCUCUCUCCCAUCAGUAUAGAGCGGCUUCACCAGCUGCAUAGGUGCAGCUGCGUUGCUGUAGCACUUCUAGUGUAAAUGUCUGCAGAAAUACAGGGUAGUGUCCCUAAAUCAAGACAACACAAUGCAAGUAACUACAUAUAUUUUGUUCUAUUUACACUACACAUUUUGAAUUAAGGGUAAGAGCUCCUGAAGAAUAAGACAGGUGAAAAGAUGUCAGAAGGGGAUAUUAGCAUAAUCUUAAUAGUUCUUCAGAAUAUACAGACUUGUAAACUUGACAUUGAAUAUCCAGGAACAUUCAAAACAAUGAUUAUGGUGACCCAGUCUGUAAAACUGCUACUUAAAGCUUUAUUCUUCUAUGUAUUUUGUAUAUAAAAGUUGUUAUGAAAAAUA